AAGCCAAACACGAAGUGACUGAAGUCAGUUUUGGUCAAUGUAAGGUUUGGCAUAACACUUUUCAAAGCUUGAAAGAUAAAUCAUAACUAUUGUCUUUUUAACGUCAUGAUUUCGACAGGUUAAAUGAAAUAGAUAAACACUUGGUUUUCAGCUGUGAACUUCUGCUGUUUGCUCGAUUCAUAGAAAUGGAUACGCCAGUGAAGGUACCUCGGGCCCUGAAAGCUGAAGUGAUGCUAUGGACAGAUGUAAGCUACCAUGACAUGGAGCAGAUAGAUAAGAUGCACUCCCUUCCUGAACUGGAGAGUACUUUAUGCAGUGUGCUUGGAGUUGACCUCCCUGAACCGAAAAGAGGAGUUCUGCUCGAGUUGUAUGUCCACACUGUGCUUUUUUGCAGAGAGAGCAGGUUCAACAAAGAACAAACCUCUGCUCUCUUGUCCAUCAUGAAGUCUGUUCAUGAGGCUAACAUAGAGACUCCGCUCAACAACAUAGACCAGAGCUUCAAAUACUGCAAGGAGCUACUUCUCUGUCACUCAGUCAGGCGACCUCCUUAUAGUAUCAACCUCUUCGGCCCUGAGGAGGGGAGCUCUAUCUUGAAGUACUUCUAUGAAAGCUACGUGAGGUACUACAAACUCUAUAAAUAUAUCUUUACACCACAGGUAAAACUUGAUUUGUCUUUGACUUACUCUGUGAGCCCAAACCACGAUGAACCUACUGUGGAGGAUUCUUCUUCUCCAGAGGCAGAAGUUGAACCAAAGACAGACAGCUCCUCAGAUACGCAGGAGACAACCACUGCAGAACCGAAGGACACCACACUGGGUUCAAAAUGGGAGCUGAAGGCACUGAUAGAGAAAGAGAUCAAAGAGCAGAUGAUGAUUGUGUCAGGACAACUUGAACUGCACGUGAAAGGAAUCACGCAUCAGCACAACAGUGAUUCUCCAGAGCCCAAAAACAAGGGCAACAAAUAAUAACACUUCAAAUAAGUACUCAAACAGAGCAAGACGAUUCAAAUGCAAAUGUUGGAUUUAUUGUUAAUAUAUCUUUUUCAACACCAUAAGUACAUACAUCUGCUUUUCUACAAUUAGGCACUUUCAGGAAAGUGCAACUUCUUUAACUAAAACAUAGACAGAGUAGGGAAUGGUGUUGGUUAGUUUUAAUAGGAAAUAUAUUCACCAAUGGAC